GCUCAGAUCCUUCCGCGCCACGCUCCCUCCGGCAGCCCGCCCGGCACCGCCCGAGCACUGCCAGCAUGGAGCUCAUCACUAUCCUCGAGAAGACCGUGUCUCCAGACCGCAAUGAGUUGGAAGCGGCACAGAAGUUCCUGGAGCAGGCGGCUAUCGAGAACCAGGCAACUUUCCUGUUGGAGCUCUCAAAAGUGCUGGCCAAUCCUGCAAACAGCCAGGUUGCUAGAGUUGCGUCCGGUUUACAGAUUAAGAACUCUUUGACCUCAAAAGACUCAGAUUUGAAGACACAGUACCAACAGCGGUGGCUGGCAAUUGAUUCCAAUGUCCGGAGUGAGAUAAAAGCUUUGGUUUUGCGUACACUGGGAACAGAAAGCUACAGGCCCAGUUCAGCGUCACAGUGCGUGGCGGGGAUAGCAUGUGCGGAAAUACCAGUCAACCAAUGGCCUCAACUAAUACCACAGCUUGUUGCGAACGUGACCGACCUAAACAGUACAGAGCACAUGAAGGAAUCUACGCUGGAAGCGAUUGGAUAUAUUUGCCAGGACAUUGAUCCAGAGCAACUGCAGCAUAAAUCAAAUGAAAUAUUGACUGCCAUCAUCCAGGGUAUGAGAAAAGAGGAGCCAAGUAACAAUGUCAGACUAGCAGCAACAAACGCUCUGCUCAACUCUCUGGAGUUCACAAAAUCUAACUUUGACAAAGAGGCUGAAAGACACUAUAUAAUGCAAGUGGUCUGCGAAGCGACACAAUGUCCUGAUACUAGGGUACGAGUGGCUGCAUUACAAAAUCUGGUGAAGAUCAUGUCUUUGUACUAUCAGUAUAUGGAAACGUACAUGGGUCCUGCGCUAUUUGCUAUCACGGUGGAGGCAAUGAAGAAUGAAAUUGAUGAAGUUUCUCUGCAGGGAAUUGAGUUCUGGUCCAAUGUUUGUGAUGAGGAAAUGGACUUGGCAAUUGAAGCAUCUGAGGCAGCUGAACAGGGAAGACCUCCAGAACAUACAAGCAAAUUCUAUGCAAAGGGGGCUUUGCAGUACUUGGUCCCUAUUUUGACACAGACGUUGACAAAACAGGAUGAGAAUGAUGACGACGAUGACUGGAAUCCCUGCAAGGCUGCUGGUGUGUGUCUUAUGCUACUGGCUACGUGCUGUGAGGAUGAUAUUGUGCCCCAUGUACUGCCAUUCAUCAAAGAGCACAUUAAGAACCCAGAUUGGCGGUACAGGGAUGCUGCAGUUAUGGCCUUUGGCUGCAUCCUCGAGGGACCUGAAGCCACCCAGUUGAAACCUCUAGUUAUCCAGGCUAUGCCCACCCUGAUAGAGCUAAUGAAAGAUCACAGUGUUGUGGUGAGAGACACUACUGCCUGGACUGUUGGCCGGAUAUGUGAGCUUCUUCCAGAGGCAGCAAUCAAUGAUGUUUACCUCGUUCCUUUACUUCAGUGCCUCAUUGAGGGGCUGGGGGCUGAACCCAGGGUGGCUACUAAUGUGUGCUGGGCCUUCACCAGUUUGGCUGAAGCUGCUUAUGAGGCUGCUGAUGUUACGGAUGACCAGGAGGAACCAGCCUCCUACUGCUUGUCCAGCUCCUUUGAGGUCAUUGUACAGAAAUUGCUGGAGACCACUGACAGGCCUGAUGGACACCAGAACAACCUACGAAGUGCUGCCUACGAAGCUCUAAUGGAAAUAGUCAAGAAUAGUGCCAAGGACUGCUAUCCUGCUGUUCAGAAAACCACACUAGUGAUAAUGGAGAGACUACAGCAAGUGCUUCAGAUGGAGUCCCACAUACAGAGUACAUCAGACAGGAUCCAAUUCAACGAUCUGCAGUCCCUUCUCUGUGCUACACUCCAGAAUGUGCUUCGUAAAGUACAGCCCCAAGAUGCACUUCAGAUAUCUGAUGUAGUAAUGGCUUCCCUACUACGCAUGUUUCAGAGUACGGCCGGUUCAGGAGGGGUACAAGAAGAUGCCCUAAUGGCAGUGAGCACUCUGGUAGAAGUUCUUGGAGCAGAAUUUAUGAAGUACAUGGAGGCAUUUAAACCCUUUCUUGCCAUUGGCCUCAAGAACUAUGCAGAGUAUCAGGUGUGCCUGGCUGCUGUUGGGCUUGUAGGAGACCUAUGCCGGGCUCUGCAAACAAACAUUUUGCCAUUUUGCGAUGAGGUUAUGCAACAGCUUCUGGAGAAUCUGGGGAAUGAGAAUGUUCACCGCUCUGUAAAGCCACAGAUUCUAUCUGUGUUUGGAGACGUUGCAUUGGCUAUUGGAGGGGAGUUUAAAAAGUACCUGGAUGUUGUGCUGAAUACACUGCAGCAAGCUUCUCAGGCUCAGGUGGACAAGACAGAUUACGACAUGGUGGAUUACCUAAAUGAGCUGCGUGAGGGCUGUCUUGAGGCCUAUACUGGAAUCAUCCAGGGACUCAAAGGAGACCAAGAGAAUGUGCACCCUGAUGUGAUGCUAGUACAGCCACGUGUGGAGUUUAUCCUGUCAUUCAUCGAUCACAUCGCUUCAGAUGAGGAUCACACGGAUGGCGUGGUGGCCUGUGGGGCUGGCCUUAUUGGAGAUCUAUGCACCGCAUUUGGCAAGGAUGUGGUAAAGUUGGUGGAAACUCGCCCAAUGAUCCAUGACUUGCUAACAGAGGGUAGACGAUCAAAGACUAACAAGACAAAAACACUUGCUACCUGGGCCACCAAGGAACUACGAAAGCUAAAAAAUCAAGCCUGACCUUAGCGGCUGGGUAAAGCUGACAACCCACUGGAAAUCUCCAACUUUCUUUGAAAAAAAAAAUUAUAUCCCGGAAGCAAGAAGUGUGAGCGGAUACUGAAUGUUUGAGAGUGAGAGAGUGACUGACUGAGUGAAGCUUCAAACAUACCACAUGGAUAAACGCGACCACAGCAGUGCUGUGAGAAGAGAAAACUUCCUGGGAGAAAGGGGACGAGAGCCCGCCCACCAGCUGAGAGGAGCAAGGGCCUGUGGGUCUUCACUAAUUCUAUGUCUGCUUGCACCACUGCCUUGUGGCCAGGGCAGAGCAGGAGUGACUGGUCUAACUUUAUUUUAUAGUUCAUUGUUACAUCUGGCCUUUUCUUUCUUUUUUUUUUUUUUUUUUUCUUUUUUUUUUUUUCUUCCAAUGUCCCUUGCUGUACACAGCAGUGGUCUGUUGCUGCAUUGCCUAUCUCCUCUAGUGCAGGGGGACCUGAGCGAAAGGAAUCUCAGAAUGAGUGUGUGUGAGUGCAGAGGUUUAGCAGUGUCUACAAUCUGAGCUUCAUACAGUUUAUUCUGGUUCAGAAGAAAAGAUGUUCAGUGUUCCAAAAAAAAGCUUCUGGUAUCAGAAGGUGCAUUAUUUUUUAUUUUUCCCAGGUGCACAGGGCAAAAGUGUCUAGAUUUCAACAUUUAAGGUCUGUUUCUCUAGGUUAUUUAAUUUUUUUUAACUGUUUCUUUUCCAGAAACUUGCACAACACAGGUGUUUCUGGCAGGGAAGCAGUUAAAGGAAACUCUGGCUAGGACAUUUAGUCCAGUAGUAAACAUACCGAAGCCUGUAGUGUAAAUCUACUUUUGUCGAUCUGUGAAUCAGGCCAGGAGCAGGGAGGAGUUAGAGUUGGAUAAUCGGACAUCACCCCACAGGUAUUGAGCAGAACGAGCAGAACGUUCCCUUUUUUUUUUUUUAAAUAUGAAAUUAAAAUCACUGUGGAAAGCACUUAAAAGGUGUCCACUUUCCCUCCGUGCCCGAGGAUUUAAAAGCAGCCCUGACCCUAAAAUGUGCCAAAGAAGAGAAAAAAUUGCUCAGAAUGUGAAUUGACCCCUUCCUGCAGCCAGGAGGUGCUGUGGUGCAACACUACUACACAUAUUGUGUUCUCUCUGUGGCUUGUACCAAGCCCCUCUCUUGGCACUGAAAUGGUUUAAUCGACAAUGUUUGAAGUACUUCUUGCCCUACAUACAUUGGUAACAGAUAUUUUGAUUAUUCAAGAUGCAGCAUUCUAGGUAAACGGAGAUUAAAGCCAUCUAGGCUUAUCUGUUCUCUGUAGAUUAGCUGCAUUGUAUUUUAGUGCAGCAAACAAAAUGGCUGUACCUUAGUGUAUGGGUGACCCAGGCUUAGGUGAAUUAAAACAAUUGAUGCUAUAGCGCGUGCAACUUUUAUUUCAGAGACUAAUGCGAUAUUCAAUUUCCUGCACUUAAACAUAAAGGAAAACUAAUUGAAAUAGUCAAAGUGAAAUGGGAGGAAAAAAGUAUAUAUUAUAGAUACGGACUGGAUGUACGUUGGACCAUGGCACUUGUACAAGGUUCUAUUUUUUCACUGCAGUUAAACAUUAAUAAAAUGGUGUCAAACAUCCCCAACCCUCCA